CUCAUUUAAGUCCCUCAGACUCAACAAGCAGCAAACGCGGCAGUAGCAGCAAAGGAGACUGAAGCUGAACCGAGACCUACUUUGCACCUACAUCUGACACAUUUCUGCCAAAAGAUGCUUUGCGUGUAUGCUUUCCUGUUCCUUAUCCUGAACGGCGUGGGACUGGGCUCUCUGCCGGAUAAACUGAAUGACUUCGGCCUGAGGGUCUUCACGCAGCUGGCCCAGAGCUCCCAGGACAAGAACGUGGCCUUGUCCCCGUACGGCGUGUCCACCGUCCUGGCCAUGGCUCAGCUCGGCGCUGCCGGGAGCACCCGCAAGGCCUUGACCACCGCCAUGGGCUUUUCUCUGCAAGAGCGAGGGAUGUCUCGGCAGCAGCGUCUCCUGCAUCGCGACAUGUCCAGCGAGGAGGGGGUGGAGACAGCCAGCGGGGUUAUGGUCGAGAGGAAGAUGAGUCUGGAGAAGGGUUUCCGCCGGGCCCUGGCCAAGGCCUUCCAGACCCACCCUCACCAGGUGGACUUCACCAAUCCAGACCAGGCGGUCGGCAUCAUCAACGCGUGGGUCUCGGACCACACUGCAGCUGCCAUCCCCGAGUUCUUGGUACCUGGAUCUCUGACAGAUGAGACCCGCCUGGUCCUUCUCAACGCUCUCCAUUUUCAGGCCCUCUGGAAGGUUCCCUUUGACCCCAAAAUGACGCAGGAGAGGAUGUUCCACUGUGCCAACGGGAGCUCUGUGCCCGUCCACAUGAUGAGACUCACCAACCGCUUCCACUACGGCGAGUUUGUGACGGCUGACGGUAUCGACUAUGAUGUCAUUGAGGUCCCAUACGAGGGCGACUCACUGAGCAUGCUCCUCGUGUCCCCCAUCGAGCCUGAAGUUCCACUGAGCGCGCUCAGCGCGGACCUAAGCAGCCAGAGAAUUCAGCAGUGGCGAGCCGAGCUGAGGAACGCCAAGAGACAGCUGGCCAUGCCCAGGUUUACUCUGAACUCCGAGGUGAAUUUGAAAGAUGCCCUGCUUAACAUGGGUCUGGGAGACAUGUUCAACCUGGCUACCGCUGACUUCACACGCAUCACCACUGAUGAGAGGCUGUGCGUGUCGAAGGUUCUGCAGCGAGUGAAGAUUGAGGUGAAUGAGCGAGGGACCAAGGGAGCUGCAGCGACAGCUGCAGUGAUGUUUUCUCGCAUGGCGGUGGAGGAGAUAACCCUGGACCGACCCUUCCUCUUCCUCAUCCAGCAUAAAAGCACAGGUACUGUUCUGUUCAUGGGUCAGUUCAACCAGCCUCAACAACAUUAAGCCACGCUGAAGACGUGCCUUCAUUCCACUGUGUCUGACUACUGCUGCUCAUAUGGCACAUGAUGACCAUUCCACCAGACGUACAAAGUGCAUACGACUUCUUCUGAUUCUACAGACUUGAGUCACUAGUUUAUUUAUAUGUUUGAUACAACAAGACAGAUGAUCGCAUCAAGAUUGACUGAGAUAGUAUUCUGCGUGGUCAUGCUUAUGCUGUUUAUUCAUUUCUCUGAAUAUUCGUGGUUGACAAGACAGAAAGAAAUAUGAAGGAAAGUAACUAAGUUGUGUACUGAUGUCUGACACAAUGAGCACCAAUGCACUUCACAAAGAGAGAUGUUUCUACAGGCUGCAUAUGUUUUAAAAAAAAUGUAUUUUGUAUCUAUUUUUACAAUGGCAAUGUUUAUUUUUGUUAUCGUCAUAUACAUGUGUAUUUUGCAGUAUUUAUAUUUAUUAAAAUACUAUGUUUUUAA